AUGCUCACAAGAAUUUACGGACAAACGCUUAAUGCCUUCCAAGCAUCAGAAAAACAAUCACUUGUUGAUAAACAUAAUAAUGUUCGAUUGAAUGUUAAUCCAUCAUCCUCCAAUAUGGAAACAUUGGUGUGGGAUGAAGCCUUGGCUCAAGUUGCUGCCAAUUAUGUUGAUAAAUGUAUUUGGGCCCAUAAUGCUGAAAGAACCAAUGAUUAUGGACAAGGAUAUGUAGGAGAGAAUAUGUACGUUGGAUUUUCAGAUAUGGUUUCAGGAAGUGUGAAGGGUUGGGCUGAUGAAUCUCAAUUCUUUGACUAUACAACCAAUACUUGCCAAAGUGGUAAGGUUUGUGGACAUUAUACUCAAUUAGUUUGGGCAACCACAAAGAAAGUUGGUUGUGCCAAAAAGACCUGUUCAACAUUUACUAAUCUUGAAUCUAAUUUCAAUGGAGGAACUAUUGUCAACAAUUCCACUAACACCAAUAAUAGUACCAAUGUCAAUAAUGGAACUGUUAGCAAUAAUUCAACAAGCACAAAUUCUCUCAAUGCAUUCACAUCAGCUGAGAAGAUUGCCUUGCUUGAUGCUCAAAAUACAAUUCGUUUGAGUAAGACAUUAAAUCCUCCAGCAGCAAGCAUGGGAGGUUUAGUUUGGGAUGAUGAAUUGGAAAAGGUUGCUGCCAGUUAUGUUGACAAGUGUCUUUUUGAACAUUCUGAUAAUUAUAGGAAAGGUUCUGUAGGAGAGAAUUUAUACAUUGGAUUUUCAGAUAUAGUUCCAGGAAGUGUCAAGAGUUGGGCUGAUGAAUCUCAAUAUUUCACUUAUCCUACAAGUUGCCAAUCAGGACACGUUUGUGGACAGUACACUCAAUUGAUCUGGGAAAAUACCAAGAAGGUAGGUUGUGCAAGAAAGAAAUGUGCCACAGUCCCAGGAUUUUCCCAAUUCAGCAAUGGAACCAUCGUUGUGUGUAAUUAUUUCCCAGUUGGAAAUUUCAACAAUGAAAAUCCAUAUGUUAAAUCACUAGUAAUUGCAGGAAGAAACUCCACAAAAACAGUCAACUCUGCACCUUCUUCAUUCUCUGAUCAAGUGUUGAACAUAAUCCUCAUUUCUAUUUCCACAAUUAUCAUGCUUACUCUCUAA